CUCUCCGUGACUCCGUCAUAAUCACACAAGUGUCCUCCAUGGAAUUUGUCUGAAUCUAUAGCGUGAACGAAAGUAGGACCAACAUUGCCAAAAAUCACGCCUCUGACCUCACAAGAAGCUCGGUGUCUGCGCAGUGGGCAUGGGUCGCCUUUGCGUAUUCGCUGUCAGAACGGUAACAAACAUUGUGGCGUCGAUGCUGACUUCACUUUGAUUCAACCGAGAAAAUAGGAUUGGCUCUCUUUUCCGCUUCCGUUUCCGCUUCCACUUCCGCAUUGACGCUCUGAGUCAUCUAUAUAUGUCCUACGCCUAGCUGCCAUAUGGCUUCAGCGUCUUUGAUCCAGGCGCGCUACGGUUAUUCGCUGAGGUUUUGUGGUAAUCUUAGGAACGGGACGCGUGGACCUCUAGCCUCCUCCUCCUCCUCCUCCUAUCCGCCAUCCUCUACGACGUCGUGUUCGUCUUCUUCUUCGUGUUGUUCGUCUUCGUCCUUGAAUCAUGGUCAGGGAUUGAGCUUUUCUUCUGGCACAAAUAAUAGUUGGAGACAUCAAGGCCGUAAAGCUCAAGCUAUGGGUACCACCACCCAGGGCAAUGCAACAUCAUCCUGGGGCAUUUCAAAUUCGAAGAAUGAACCCGAUCAUCUUCUUGUCCUAGUUCAUGGCAUCUUGGCGAGCCCAAGCGACUGGAUAUACGUAGAAGCAGAGUUAAAAAAGCGUCUUGGGAGAAACUUCUUGAUUUAUGCAAGUUCAUCCAACACCUAUACUAAAACGUUUUAUGGAAUUGAGGGGGCUGGAAAGCGAUUAGCAGAUGAAGUCAUGCAAGUUGUGCAAAAGACACAGAGCCUGAAAAAGAUCUCAUUUUUGGCACAUUCUCUUGGUGGCUUGUUUGCAAGAUAUGCUCUUGCUGUUCUGUAUAUGCCGCUUGGAUUAAGUAGUGGGGAACCUGAUGAUCCUGCCAGUUCUACAGUGGAAAAUUCACAAACAGCAUGCUCUUCAAGACGAGGUAUGAUUGCUGGAUUGGAGCCAAUCAAUUUUAUUACCUUGGCAACUCCACAUCUUGGGGUGAGAGGGAGAAAGCAGCUACCAUUCCUCUUUGGGGUUCCCAUCUUAGAGAAGUUGGCUCCACCAUUAGCUCCUAUAAUUGUUGGCCGAACUGGCAGUCAGCUGUUCCUUACUGAUGGUAAACCUGAAAGACCACCUCUUCUUUUGAGAAUGGCAUCUGAUUGUGAAGAUGGAAAAUUUAUAUCAGCCCUAGGUGCUUUUCGAUGCCGCAUUCUUUAUGCAAACGUAUCUUAUGAUCAUAUGGUUGGUUGGCGCACAUCCUCUGUAAGGAGGGAAUCAGAACUCUCUAAGAAGCCCCCUCGCCGAUCUUUGGAUGGUUACAAGCAUGUUGUUGAUGUUGAGUAUUGUCCCCCAGUUGCCUCUGAUGGUCCCCAUUUUCGUCCGGAAGCAGCCAAAGCAAAGGAAGCUGCACAAAAUACACCCAACGUGGAAAAUACAGUGGAAUAUCAUGAAAUUAUGGAAGAGGAAAUGAUACGUGGAUUACAGCAAUUAGGAUGGAAAAAGGUUGAUGUCAGCUUUCACUCGGCACUCUGGCCCUUCUUCGCCCAUAACAACAUUCAUGUGAAAAAUGAGUGGCUGCACAAUGCUGGUGCUGGAGUGGUUGCUCAUGUUGCAGACACCUUAAAACAACAAGAAUCUACCUCGUUCAUUUCUGCCGGCCUAUAGCACAUACAAGUAUAAAACCACAACCGCCCGUCUCCCCCAAUCUCUUUCUUCUUCUUGUUUGCUUUGUUAGUUAGUUGCUUCUUUUUUUAGUCAGCUAAGUAGACCAUAGCUGAAACUUUGUGAAACAAUCACAUGAUUCAAUGUAAAAUAAUUGUAUUUCCAUUGGUCAUUGAACAAGUUGAUAUAUACAUCGUGUUGUCAAUUUAGGCUUC